ACCCAGACUCCUUCCUGAAGUCUGCGCGUCUGCAGCGCCUGCCCUCGUCCUCCUCGGAGAUGGGAAGCCAGGACGUGUCCCCUCUACAGGAGACCAGCAAGGACCCUUUCUCCGGGGACUGCAGCUGCCGCCAGGACGGGCUGACUGUCAUCAUCACUGCCUGCCUGACCUUUGCCACGGGUGUCACAGUGGCCCUCAUCAUGCAGAUCUAUUUUGGAGACCCUCAGCUGUUCCAGCGCGGGGCCGUGGUGACGGAUGCCGCGCGCUGCACGGCGCUGGGCACGGAGGUGCUGCACAGACAGGGCUCCUCGGUGGACGCGGCCAUCGCCGCCACCCUGUGCGCGGGCAUCGUCAACCCACACACCUCGGGCCUUGGAGGGGGUGGAGUGAUGAUGGUGCACAACAUCCGCAAGAACAGGAGCUGGGUGAUCGACUUCCGUGAGGUGGCUCCCCUGGGCAUCCCGCUGGAAGGGGACCUGCAGCAGGACUCCAAGCCAGGUCUGCUCGUGGGGGUGCCAGGCAUGAUACAAGGAAUGCACCAAGCACACCAGUUACAUGGCAGACUCCCUUGGGCCGAGCUGCUGGGCCUCGCAGCCAGUGUCGCCCAGAACGGCUUCAAUGUCACACAUGAUCUGGCCAAAGCCCUGAGUGAGCUGAAGGACUUGAACUGCUCGGACAGAUUCCGGGAAAUCUUCCUGCCAGACGACCAGCCCCUGCUGCCCGGCAUGGCCGUGCGGCGCCCGGACCUGGCGGCCGUGCUGCAGCUGCUGGGGGCAGAGGGGGUGUCAGCCUUCUACAGUGGCAACCUGACCCAGGAGAUCAUCUCUGAGGUCCACAGCUAUGGAGGAGUCUUGGUGGAGGAGGACUUCAGCAAUUACAGUGUCCUGGUUGAGGAUCCUGUCCACACAGUCUAUCGAGGUCACCUUGUUCUCAGCCCUCCACCACCACAUGCAGGUCCUGCACUGAUGACAGCACUGAACAUCCUCGAGGGCUUUAACAUCUCAAGCCAAGGAUCCAGGGGGAAUAUCUUGCACUGGAUGGCAGAGACACUAAAAAUAGCCCUGAGCCUAGCUAGCAACCUGGGAGACCCAUCUGAUGAUGUGUCCGUGGCUCACGCAGCAGAAGGCAUGCUGAGUAAAUCAGAGGCUAACUCCCUGCGCCAGCUGAUCAAUGACUCCCAGGCCUUCUCAUCCGACCUCCUCAUGCCUCACUUCUCUGUGGACUGUGGACCUGCAGCCAGCCAGGUCCUUGUCAUGGGGCCUGACGACUUCAUCGUCGCCGUCGUGAGUUCUUUGAAUCGUCCCUUUGGCAGUGGAAUAAUAACACCCUCUGGAAUCCUCCUGAACAGUCAGAUGUUGGACUUCUCCUGGCAAAAUAAAACAACGAACCACUCUGUUCCCAGACCGCAGAAUCUCGUUCAGCCUCGGAAGCGGCCCCUGUCCUUCCUGCUGCCCACCAUCGUGAGGCCUUCCGAGGGCAUGUGUGGGACCUACCUGUGCCUGGGAGCCAACAAUGGGGACAGAGCCUUGAGCAGCAUUGUCCAGGUUUUGGUAAAUGUUUUAACACUUAACAAGAAUCUCAGUGAAAGUUUGUCACUUGGUCGACUUCACCCACAGCUUCAGUCCAACACCUUGCAGGUUGACAGUGAGUUUCCUGAGGAAGAUAUUGAAUUCCUUGUAGCCAGGGGCCAUCAGGUGGAUAAAGUCCCAGUGGUGGCCCUAGUUCAUGGGGCCAGGAGAACCAACAGCUUCAUCAUUGGCCUGAAGGACCCCAGGAGUGUGGAUGCUGCUGGAGCCACAAUAUUGUAG